AUGUCGCCCUCGGCAUUUUCCACCAACGGCAACGGCGGCAGCGCCCGCCCGCUGACCCGUGGCAUCUACGUGCCCACUGUCGCCUUCUUCCAGCCCGACACGGAGGAGCUCGACCCCAAGACGACGGGCCGGCACGCGGUGCGCCUGGCCAAAGCGGGCGUCGCGGGCAUCGCGGUUCAGGGCUCCAACGGCGAGGCCGUCCAUCUGCUGCACGCGGAGCGCAACGCCGUGACGCAGACAACCCGGCAGGCCCUCGACGCCGCGGGCUUCACGCGCAUGCCGCUCAUUGUCGGUUGCGGCGCCCAGUCGACAUUCGAGGCCGUACGGCUGUGCACCGACGCCGCGACCGCCGGCGGCGACUACGCGCUCGUCCUGCCGCCGAGCUACUACGGCGGCCUCUUUGACGGCGCGUCCACGGUGCUUGAGUUCUUCAUGGCUGUCGCCGACGCCAGCCCCAUCCCGGUCCUCAUCUACAACUACCCCGGCGCAACGCCCGGCGUCGACCUUGACUCGGACACGCUGACCGCGCUCGCCAAGCACCCCAAUAUUGCCGGCUGCAAGUUUACCUGCGGCAACACGGGCAAGCUGGGUCGCGUGGCCGCCGCGACGAAAGCGGCCGGCGACGAUUUUCUGUGCUUUUCCGGCUCGGCGGAUUUCACGCUGCCGGCGGUGGCGGCCGGCGGCGCCGGUGUCAUUGGCGGGCUGGGUAAUGUCGCGCCCCGCGCGUGCGUGCGCGUUUUUGAUGUCGCGGAGAAUGAGGGCGUGCUGAGCCCCGAGGCGGUGCGGCUGCAGGCAAUUGUCGGCCGUGGCGACUGGACGGCCAUCCAGACGGGUGUAGUCGGCGUCAAGGUGGCUCUCAACGAGUAUGCUGGCUACGGCGGCUUCUCGCGCCGGCCUCUGCCCCGCCCGGAUGGCGUCAAGGCCAAGAAGAUUGUGGACGGGCUCAAGGAGCUGAUGGAGCUGGAGAAUUCGCUGCAAGAUAAGGCUUAA